UUUAUUAAGUUAGUUCCACAAAAAGUUACAACAUGAUUUGAUUGGAUGUAUAGAAAUUAUAUCGAAAUACAAGUAAUUAGUAAUUAGUGGAGUAAUCGAAGUUGAAAAUUUGGUCCAUUGAAUUCCAUACACAACAAAACACCAAUGGCUUCAAAUUCCACCAAAACUUUUACUUUUGAAGAUAUCGCCAAACACAACAACAAACAAGAUUGCUGGAUUAUUGUCAAUGGAAAGGUUUAUGAUGUGACCUCUUUUUUGGAUGAUCAUCCAGGAGGUGAUGAAUCUUUAAUUUCAUCAACAGGGAAGGAUGCUACAGUUGAUUUUGAAGAUGUUGGUCACAGUGAUUCUGCAGUAGAAAUGAUGCACAAAUACUUUAUUGGUUAUGUUGACACCUCAUCCUCUGUUCCAACCCAAGUUAACCACACUCAGCAGCCACCAUCUACACAACCAAACAAUGUUGUUGUUGGCGAUCAAUCAUCAUCAUCAGGAGGAGGAGGAGGAUUUGUUGCAAAGACAUUGCAGUUCCUCUUGCCAUUGCUCAUAUUGGUCUUUGCAUUUGCUCUCCAGCACUAUAGCAAAAACAAACAAAUCACCGGCGACUCGUAAAUGAAACCUUCUUUUCUCUUCUGUCUUUACCAAUAUAAAUUAAUGACUUGGUAAUUAAUACACUUCAGUUCAGACAGACAACAUUGUUUCUUUUGUGUAUCAAUUAAAUUAAAUUUGUUACUCUACCCAACACCAUGCAUACUAGCUCUUCGUUCAUUUAGGCUCAAUUGAUUUAACAUCUCAUAUUUGAAUAUUUGUUUUGUCUACAACUAUGACUUUGUUCUAUUGGCUUUUGCAUUUGAUCAUUCAA